AUGUAACAACUAUUAAAAGAGUAAAAUAAUCUUGAAGCCAUUACUCAUAGCUAUAAAAGCCAGGUUCUAUUAGUUCUUUAAAUAUUUAAAGGAGCUGUUAAUUGAAAAUAACUUAACAGAAGCCUUACAAGUAAUUGAAUUGGCCUUUAAUCCAAAAAUUUCCUGAAACCUACAAUCUAAGAAUUAUAUUUGGGUAUAUAAACACAGGCUAAUUAUUUGAUAGGAUCAAUCAAUAUGAAAAUGCAUUGAUUGAUGCAGAUCAUAGUAUAACAAAGAAUAAUUAUAUGGCUGAAACUUAUUAUUAAAGUGGAACACGUAUAUUUUUUUUUAAAUGUAUAUUUUCAGAAGC